UCACCCGUUCACCACAUACACAUACCGCCAGGAGCCCAUUUCACAAUAAACGGAUAAGGAGACUAACACCCCUGUGCAACUCAGCUCGUAACAUUUAUUUCCUCACACUGCAAUGAAAUGAGGGGAGCAUGGGGGCCAAGGAGUCGAGGAUAGGAUUCCUGUCGUAUGACGAGGCCGUUAAGAGAGUCACCGAUGUGGAACUGAAGCGGCUGAAAGAUGCCUUCAAGAGAACCAGCGGCCUCUCCUAUUACAUGACCCAGCAGUGCUUCUACAGGGAAGUGCUGGGAGAUGGAGUUCCCCCUAAAGUUGCAGAGGUGAUCUACACCUCGUUCGGAGGCUCGUCCAAAGGGCUUCACUUUAACAAUCUGAUUGUGGGUUUGGUGCUUCUGACCAGAGGACGCGAUGAGGAAAAGGCAAAGUACCUCUUCAGCCUAUUUGCCAACGAUCUGGGCGGAUAUGCUGCCAGAGAAGAUAUAGAAGCAGUUCUGCAGGUCCUGGAUGGAGAAGUCCCAGCCUCCCUGAAGGAGUUCUUCAGCGAGGGUGACAAGGUGAACUUUGAGCGCUUCAAGAACUGGCUUCUGCAGGACAAGGAAGCCUUCACUUUGUCCAGAUGGCUGCUGUCAGGAGGAGUGUGUGUCACACUGACUGACGACAGCGACACGCCCACUUUCUACCAGACCCUAGCAGGCGUCACACACUUGGAGGAGUCUGAUAUUAUAGACUUAGAGAAGCGCUACUGGUUGCUGAAAGCCCAGUCCAGAACAGGCCGCUUUGACUUGGAAACCUUCGUUCCACUCGUCUCUCCUCCCAUUCACGCCUCACUGAGCGAAGGCUUGUUUCACGCCUUCGAUGAAAAUCGGGACAAUCACAUUGACUUCAAAGAGAUCUCUUGUGGACUUUCUGCGUGCUGCAGGGGGCCUGUGGCUGAAAGGCAGAAAUUUUGCUUUAAAGUGUUUGAUGUGGACCGUGAUGGGGUUCUGUCUCGAGAUGAACUUCACGAAAUGGUGGUGGCCUUGCUGGAGGUGUGGAAGGACAAUCGCACAGACGUACUUCCUGAGCUGCACAGUAGUGUGUCAGACAUAGUAGAAGACAUCCUGAAGAUGCACGACACCACAAAGCUGGGUCACCUGACCCUCGAGGACUACCAGAUCUGGAGUGUGAAGAGCGCUUUGGCCAAUGAGUUCCUGAACCUGCUCUUUCAGGUCUGCCACAUAGUCCUGGGACUCAGGCCUGCAACUCCUGAGGAGGAGGGGCAGAUCAUCAGGGGUUGGUUAGAGAGGGAGAGCAGACAUGGACUACAGCAAGGCCAGAACUGGUUCCUCAUCUCUAUGCUGUGGUGGCAGCAGUGGAAAGACUACGUGAAAUAUGAGCAUAAGGGCAUCGUGGUGGAACAGCCGUCCAUCCUGAGCUCAUUCAGAACACCAAUGGCCACAGCCACCGUAGAGCCUGCCCCGCCUGAAAGACUGGGAGUACUGGGAACGUCCGGACACGUCAGCCCCUCUGAGGAGAGGUCACCUGAUGCUGUGUCCAGUGCUUCAGAGGCCACAGAAACUGCACUGAGCCCCCAGGUAGCUCCCUCAGCCACAGAGAGCUGUUUUGCUCGUCAGCACAAUGUCUCGGACAACAACAAUCAGUGCUUUUCUGGAGCCAAUGGCCACCUCCCCUCCCAGCUGGCAGCACAAAGACCUGGAGCCAUCGACAACCAGCCUCUGGUCACUACUGACCCCAUGAAGGCCCCUACGUUAACUAUGGAGGGUGGCAGGCUGAAACGCUCCUUGCAGCUGCUGACUCGUAGAGACUUUGAGACGGUGCCAGAGCCUGUGUGGCGGGCGCUCUACCACUGGUACGGUGCAAACCUCAGCCUGCCGCGACCGGUAAUCCUGGAAAGCAAGACAGGCCAGCCAGAGCUGGAACUCUUCCCCCGCUACCUCCUCUUCCUGCGACAGCAGCCAGCCACGCGCUCCCCCCAGUCCAACAUCUGGGUCAAUAUGGGUAUGACCAGCCUGCGAAUAUUCCCACCGCAUUUACCCCCCACAAGAGGUAACGUGCCAUCCCCCAAUGCUCCUCUGAAGAGGAUGCUGGCCUACACCGGCUGCUUCAGCCGCAUGGCCACCAUCAAGGACAUCCACCUCUACCUGUCGCAAAGGCUGCGCAUCAAAGAGGAGGACAUGAGGCUCUGGCUCUACAACAGUGAGAACUACCUCACCCUCCUGGAUGAUGAAGAUCACACACUGGAAAGCCUGAAGAUCCAGGAUGAGCAGCAACUAGUUAUUGAGGUCAGGAACAAAGACAUGAGCUGGCCUGAGGAAAUGUCUUUUAUUGCCAACAGUAGUAAGAUGGACAGACACAAAGUUCCUACAGAGAAAGGAGCGACUGGCCUCAGUAACCUUGGCAACACCUGCUUCAUGAAUUCUAGCAUUCAGUGUGUGAGCAACACCAAGCCUCUCACGGACUACUUCCUCUCAGGGAGACACCUCUAUGAGCUCAAUAGAACCAAUCCGAUUGGGAUGCGAGGUCACAUGGCCAAGUGUUAUGGUGACCUGGUGAUGGAGCUGUGGAGCGGGACACAGAAGAACGUGGCUCCACUCAAACUCAGGUGGACGAUAGCAAAGUAUGCCCCACGUUUCAAUGGCUUUCAGCAGCAGGACUCCCAGGAGCUGCUGGCCUUCCUGCUGGAUGGCCUCCAUGAAGACCUGAACAGAGUCCACGAGAAGCCCUAUGUGGAGCUGAAGGACAGCGAUGGUCGGCCAGACUGGGAGGUGGCCUCUGAGGCCUGGGAGAACCACCUGCGUAGGAACCGCUCCAUUGUGGUCGAUCUGUUCCACGGGCAGCUCAAGUCCCAGGUGAAGUGCAAGACCUGUGGCCACAUCAGCGCUCGCUUUGACCCCUUCAACUUCCUGUCUCUGCCUCUGCCCAUGGACAGCUCCAUGCAUCUGGAGAUCACCGUCAUCAAACUGGAUGGCUCCACGCCUGUGCGCUACGGCCUGAGGUUGAAUAUGGACGAGAAGUACACAGGCCUGAAGAAACAGCUGAGUGAACUGUGCAGCUUGAAGCCCGAGCAGAUCCUCCUGGCUGAGGUCCACACUUCCAACAUCAAGUUUCAUUCAGACAUGGCCACAGCAGUGACCAAGAAAGCUACGAACUUCCCUCAGGAUAACCAGAAGGUCCGUCUGUCCGUUAACGGCUUCUUGUGUGCAUUCGAGGUCCCGGUGCCAGGUUCGCCAACAUCACUAAGCUCACCCACACUGACAGACAUCACCCCUAUAGCCAACAGCUCAGCUGCUAAUGGGCAUGUGGACAAUAAGCUGGAUCUCAUCCCCAAUGGUGGGCCCAGCACCAUGGUGCCCUGCAGCCCAGAGACGCCUCUGGCCAACGGGGUUGCCAAUGGACACAUAACACCAGUACACGAGAGCCCCUUUAUUGGAUACAUCAUCGCUAUGCACAGAAAGAUGAUGCGCACAGAGUUGUACUUCCUGUCCUCUCAGAAGAACCGACCCAGUCUGUUUGGCAUGCCACUCAUUGUUCCCUGCACUGUCCACACCAGUAAGAAGGACCUAUACGACGCAGUCUGGAUCCAGGUCUCCAGACUGGCCAGCCCACUGCCCCCACAGGAGGCCAGCAACCAUGCACAGGACUGUGAUGACAGCAUGGGCUACCAGUACCCCUUCACGUUAAGGGUUGUGGGUAAGGAUGGAAACUCGUGUGCCUGGUGUCCAUGGUACAGGUUCUGCAGAGGGUGCACAAUAGAGUGUACAGAAGACAGAGCGUCUGUAGGUAACGCUUAUAUAGCUGUGGACUGGGAUCCCACCGCUCUGCAUCUCCGCUACCAGACCUCCCAGGAGAGGAUUGUGGAGGAGCACUGCAGCGUGGAGCAGUCUCGACGAGCUCAAGCUGAGCCCAUCAGCUUGGACAGCUGUCUGAAGGCUUUCACCAGUGAGGAGGAGCUGGGAGAGGAUGAACUCUACUACUGCUCCAAGUGCAAGACCCACCGGCUGGCCACCAAGAAGCUGGACCUCUGGAGGCUGCCGCCCAUACUGAUUGUCCACCUGAAGCGCUUCCAGUUUGUGAAUGGUCGCUGGAUCAAGUCCCAGAAGAUUGUAAAAUUCCCGCGGGAGAAUUUUGACCCCAGCGCCUUCCUGGCUCCCCGGGACCUCGAGCAUCGCUGCCUCCAUUCUCACAGCGAAAGUGAGGAUCUGCUGAGGGUCGGAGAAGACAAUCUGUCCUCCAUCUCUGCCCCCGCUGGCUUUGGCAACCUCCCCAAAGCUUCCCCAGCUUCAAGCAGGAAGUCUGCACCCUCUCUCAGCCGGAACAGUAGCCCCUCCAGCAGCCCAAAGACCGGCAGCGGAGGCCGUAGACCAGGCCGGUUGCGCCUGCCCCAGCUGAGCAGCAGACAUCGCCUCUCCAACAGCAAAGAGAACCUGGACGGAGCUGCUAAUGCUGAGGCUGAACCACGUGACGAUGCUCCCCAGGCAGACUCAGAAGGUAGUUCAGCAGCAGGGCUUCCUGUUUCAGGAGAGGCCAUUACAUCAGAAUCAUCCUGCGGUAGUGAGGCAUCCAGUAGCCACUGUGACGUGGUCCUUGUGAACGGAGAGAGCAACGGGCUGAGCUCAGACUGCAGCACAGAGAGCAGCAUGGACCCUGACAACUCCCUGCUGCAGCACAGAGACAACAUGUGUCUGGAUGCCAUAUACAACCUCUAUGCAAUAUCAUGCCAUUCAGGAAUUUUGGGAGGAGGCCACUAUGUGACAUAUGCCAAAAACCCCAAUGGGAAAUGGUACUGUUACAAUGACAGCAGCUGUAAGGAAGUGCACUCUGAGGAGAUCGACACGGACUCGGCCUACAUUCUCUUCUACGAGCAGCAGGGAGUCGAAUACUCCCAAUUCCUGCCAAAGAUCGAUGGCAAGAAGAUGGCUGACACCAGUAGCAUGGACGAAGACUUUGAGUCCGACUACAAGAAGUACUGCGUCCUCCAGUGAUUGCACCUCGUCUUCCAACAGCCAGCACUACGUCUGCUUGCCUCUUUCAGCCUGCUGCUAUGAGCAGGAAGCGCCAGAAGUUGAGAUCUCACAAACUGCUAACAGUCAAACUGUGCUCUCUGUCUUUAGGGCUGCUUCGCAGCGAUUUCUACACUUGAUUGCAAACACGGAUUAGUGAAAAGGUUUGCCGAGACAACAGUGAAGCCCCCUGUGAACGCACUUAACCGGUGCACUUUGCUGAGCCCAACGAACUUCCCACCUCCCAUCCUGUGAACCUUGCCGUACAUGUAAAAUAUAUUUGCACUCUAACGCAUCUCUGAAUGUACGCCAGUAUGGCCGAGUCAUGCAGCGAUGUUGCUUUCUAAUUGUGCAUUUAUCACUUGUGAUGUCAGGAUUAAAAACAAAAGACAACUUUUACACCUGGAGUCACAAUCUGACCUAACCAGGAAAAAACUGGUGUGUUCCAGGUGUGAGUACGUAUAGGCCUGUGGAUGCAGAUUGAGUUUGAAAUGCCAACUGUAAGCAGGGCCCGGCGUGUACACCACCUGUGUGCUGGUGUCAUAUUUAGUGCCAGAGGUCAACAUAAUGUGGAGACAUUGGAUACCAGGGCAAGCUUUUAAACAAGUGGUUCUGCUGAGGUUUUAUUAGCGAUAGUGUAACUAGGAAAACAUAAGUCAUAUGCUACCUCAUCGCUUCCCGCAUUCUUUCAGCCAACUGGACCCUAAAAGUCUGUGACAGUAUUAAUGUCCUGAAAUGCUUCCUUCUACCGUAGGAGACUCAGUACAUACAUUUCAGGAACAUCCCCCACAAAGAAAAAUCUCCUUCCAGGACAUUCACGUUAAAUUAGGCACGUCUGCCGAAAACUGUGUUUGGUCCUGCAGCUGCCAAAUAUCCACGGUGAUCUGUGCAAUUUUGACCAGUGUGUAGCCAGAACUGCUCUGAAUCUCCAAAAGCUUGAGUGAGAGUCUGGGUUUGUUUCGGACCGGUGCCAUGAUUUCAAAAGAAUGCUAUAUAGUAUAUGUUUAAUACUUUUUUCUUUUUCUUUUUCUUUUAUUAUGCAAAUGUGUCAUUUUAGAGGAUCUGCUUUAUUUUUAUUUAUUUGUAUUUUUUUUUUUUUUCUUAAGGAAAGCUUCAAGAGUCGCUUCAGGCUGGAUAUUUACCUAAAAGCCACACCUGUAGAGAUCAUGGGGCUGUCCCAGCAUGCACCUUUGCCCCACUGACGUUCUCUGUUGACUCAGACCCAUCCAUAAUACUAAUUUGGGCACCCUUCUCAGUAAGAAUCCCACAAAAGGUUUAGGGAUGGCUAGAUCCAGGUUUAGGACCUAGUCCACCAUGGCAGUCACUUAUUUUACACGUUGUCAUUUUAACAUUGUGUUAUUAUUAAACAACUAGAUUUUAAGUUACAGAAGUCUAACAAAACGUGUCAAAACUGAUGAAGAACCAGAAAUCUUCUUUUAUUUUGUUUCCUCCUUAUCAAAGCCUGUAAACUAUAUUACCCAUAAUGCAGUUCAGCAGCCAACUUUAUAGGCUUUCUAGCCGUGUCUCAUCUGGCAUACUUCAGUAUUUACAACUUCCUCUUUUGAAUGAAAAAAACUGUUCACACUGACAAGCACAGCCUCACAAGGUGCACUAAGAGUACCUGGAUGUUGCUCUCAUGCUAGUCAGAGAGAUCCGUGUGAAAUGCUGUACAGUUCUAACCUUCACUGGGUGCCGUCUUUGGCUGUGUAACAGGGGGAGGGAGCACAGACCUAUUUGCUGCCAGUAAAUGUGUCAAGGCUUUAGUUAGCCAUCAGCAUCAUGUGUGUUGUGCUAUUAGUUGUAAAAUGCUCAUUUACAAGUUUAGAUUUUAAAUUCUUGAACUCAACAAGAGUAGCUUUGCAUGAUUCACAGUUCAAAAUAAUCCUCGUUUAUGUUCCACUGGUUCGUCCUCAGUGAGGUCAUGAGCAUCAACACCAGUGUGUACAUGACACAAUAAAGAAUAGGUCCUUCAGUGUAGAACGUGGAUAUGCUGUCAUAUAUUCAACAGGCAGCUAGCAGUUAUCAUCUCCUAUAAAUUUGCACUUGUGAUUGAUUACAGACGACUCUACCCUGUCAGAAUUCACACAAUGCCACACAGUUCAUAGUACAGACACUGUAAUAACAUAAGUAUUGAAGUAUUUCAUUUGAGACACAGUAAUAGACGAAUGCUGCGACUAAUGUAGCUUUCAGCAGCUGCUGGGUUGGUCGGCUCACUUCUGACUCCACACCAUUGCAUUUUUAAUGUUUCCAUUUUGUAUAUAUAUAUAUUUUUUUUUUUAGUUAUCUAAUUUGUAAAAGGAGCAGAGCUCUCCUUUAAGAGUGGGCUGUAAAGCAUGUUUUGGCGCGACCUGGGGUUGAACGUUACAAACAUGUUUCAGUGAGCGUAGCGCACCUCUAGCCCGGAGUGUGACUGUGCAUCGCUGACAGAGCAUAUACAGAGAUGCCUCCCACCUCCCUCCAAAGUGAAAUAUUAGUGUAGUGGCCACUUCUGUCACCAGUGUGGUCCUACCUCCUGCUGCAUAAUUAUCUCAGCCUGUCAUGGAUGCUCCCUAUACACUUUUUAUUUUCUUUUGGGGGGGGGGGUCAUAUCCUCAGUCCCACAUCAUUUCUGAGUAGACGCUGGUUUGCAAAUGACACCAGUAAUGCAAGCAUUCACCCAGUAGAGCCAUUCAGGCAUCGUGCCUGGAGAGCUGUCUGAGGUGGCACUUUGCAGUCUCUGAUCAAGGUGAACCACGGGGUGCUGAAACCACGUGUCUGUGAACAUAAACUGGAGACCAGUCUUACUACCAGAUCUUAAUGCCCUGUCUCUUUAGGAGGGACUGUCAAAAUCUCAUUUUAAUAACUUAAUCCAUCUCUCAUAAACUAACUUUCCCCAUUUCCUCAGCUGAGGCCCUCUGGUGGGCCAGUCCAACUCUGAUGGGUGCCAUAAAUGCUAGUAGCAAAGUGAUAUGCCAGUGUAGACAGAGCUGUGGCAGCUGUGUCCAUUUUUGAUUAUUUCAUUUCAUAACUGCUUGUGUAAUGGCAUCGAGCAAGCACGCAUCUUGUGACUGGGAUGAGGAUGAUGGUUUCUAGUGGAAGUUUGAAUAAAUAUUUAUUUAUAUUUAGGUUUGUUAUAGGAAGCUUCAUGCAAGCUAAAAAAGUCAAAUAAGUGUCUUAGAACGUUUUCUCCUUUUUCUAGGACAUUUUCAGGGAAAUUAUUUGGAAACUGUCUAACCAGUAUAAGCCCCCCCCCCCCUUAAAUAGAUGUGUGAUGCUUGGAAAGUAACCAAAGUCUGUUGUAUGCGUGAGAUCUGUGAGCACAUUGCUACAUUGGACCCAACACUGCUUAUGAUUUGUGUCUGUGUGCUGAGUCUUGAGUCCUGCUUUCAUGUAAAUGUCCGUUCCCUCUUUUAUCUGAAGGUUUGGCUCCUUGAGGCGACUGCUGAGGUCACUUUGAGAUGGACAAACCCAUGUUUUUACUGCAUGGGAUCCAGCUGCAGAGUUCUGUGUGUUUGCUUUGCAGCAGCAACAGUGGAGCUCCUCUCAUGUUUUUUUGGGUGGGCGGGGGGCUUGGUCUAAUCACUGUGAACAGACUGUCAGCGGCUCCCGGCGUUCUCUUCUCGAGUACAGAUGUGAUCUCUGUGUUCGCCCCUUUUUAGCUGCUGUAUUUGUGAGGAGAGGUCUUCAUUGUGGAUGUACUUGGAGAUAGAUCUGUCACUGAAUGAAACUAUUUCCUUCUGCAAAGAUUGCAUUUGUUGAACAAAUGGAAGUGUACAUAAGAGUGCUAUUUAGGUUGGCUUGAUCAGCUCUUUCACUUCCCACCCCUCUCCACCCUCUCGCCUUUGCACCAAGCUGUUGACAAUGUCCAGAAAGGUCAUCACAUGGCUCAAAGGAAAAGCUGAACCCAGUUUGUAAUGUUUGCUCUAUUUAAAGGUGCAAUAGAUGUCAACUUUUGUUUUACUUUUUUUUUCUCUCCUUUUUGGGGUGUGAAUGUGCCCUCAAAUGACUGGUAGCUUAAUUUCUUAGCAGAAAUCCAAUGUUUCAUGUUGGGGAGAAUUUCAGCACAAUUUUCUAAUCCAGGAACAAAGAUUUGAUGCCCAAUGAAGCUGAACUAUGAUGCUGAACUUGGGCAAACACUGAUUCUGUAAAACAUGGGGCUAACAUCCUCAACCCCUCCCUCUAUCACAAAGCCCCCUCCCCCCCCUAGGAAGAUUAGUUCAGAGUGUGUCAGGCAGUGCAAUCUACUACUGAGCUGUUUUCAGUGUGUGUAGCCUCUUUUUUUUUUUUUUUUUUAUUUUAUUUAAGUUCAUAUCUGUUGGAUGUGAACCAGAUGUGUUAAUUUAAAGAACUUUUUUUUGUAAGGUGUUUGAAAGAAAGUCACAUUGCACUGACAUGAAAACCUGUACAUAAAGAAAAUGUGUUUUGUACAUAAGCCAAUGAAAACUAUGUAUUUGAAUAUGAACUGUACAAAAUACUGUACUUGUAGUUGUAUAUGGAGUGAUCCUGUUGAUCUGUAACAAAAUAUCCAAGCAACAAAUUAAAUUCUGCAG